AUGGCACGGCCUUGGGCAAAAAGCGCUGCACUGCUCCUGGGAGCUCCACCUUGCAAGGACGACAAAACCCUGGCAACUUUGUACGUCGAAGCGAACAAGAAUUAUAGCACCAAUAAUAUGACAUGGCUAGCUUUGUAUGUGCGACACGACAGCAGUCUGGGCUAUGUCGAGUAUUCCGGCUAUAUUAGCACUGGAGAGCUCUAUCCGGACUUUAAGCCAACGACGUUCCGUGGGUUCCUGGCGGGGGUUCUGGCUGGAAAGGAGAAGGAAGUGUAUUCAAUGUGGGUCAUGACGUGA